CGACAGCCGCGGCGGCACUAGGCAGUGGGGCAGCUGGGCUGGGCCGUGUAGAGAUGCUGUCUGGGGCUGCGCUGCUGGCGGUGGCUGCAUUACUUUGCGCCGUCCCACCGCCCGGUCUCCCCGGGGCGGCGGUGGCAGCGGCAGCAGCGGCGUGGACCGCAUGGCUGAACGUGUCAUGGGAGAACGGCGUGGACCGCGGCUGGGAGGCGGGCGAGAGCGGCCUGUACGGGUUGGACUCGCCCCUGCAGUCGGCCGAGGGGCUUCUGGUACUGCCCGACAGCCCCGACGCCUUCAAUGCCUGCAGCGCACACACCAACUUCAGCAGGGCCCCGCCGGCUGGCGGCUCCCUGGGCUGGCUCGCCCUCAUCCAGCGCGGCGGCGGCUGCUCUUUCGCCGACAAGAUCCGCCUGGCUGCCGAGCGCGGCGCCGCCGCCGCCGUCAUCUACAACUACCGCGGCACCGGCAACGAGGUGCUGCCCAUGUCCCACCACGGUGCUGAAAAGAUCGUUGCAAUUAUGAUUGGCAACCUGAAAGGCAUGGAAAUCCUGCACCGCAUUCAGAGCGGCAUGAAAGUCACCAUGGUCAUUGAAGUGGGAAAAAAGCGCAGUCUUUCCGUGAAUAUCUUCACCAUCCUCUUCAUCUCUGUGUCAUUUUUCAUUGUGGCAGCAGCAACUGUGGGUUGCUAUGUCUCUUAUUCUGCUCGGAGACUCAUUAUUGCAAGGGCCCAGUCCAGGGAGCAGCGGCAGCUGAGGGCCAAGGCUAAGAAGGCCAUUGAACAGAUGAAAUUGCGCACCCUGAAGGAAGGGGACAAGGAAACUGGUCCAGAUGGAGAUUCCUGUGUUGUGUGCUUUGAGCAGUACAAGCCAAAUGAUGUAAUGCGUGUUCUGACUUGCAACCAUGUCUUCCACAAGACUUGUAUUGACCCCUGGCUUCUGGAACAUGGGACGUGUCCUCUGUGCAAAUGUGACAUCCUCAAAGUGUUGGGUGUUGAGAUGAAUGUAGAACCACGGUCUGAGCCUGUGCAAGCCCCAGGAUCCAGUGGUCAAAGACCUCUAUCCACUGUCACUAUAGUUAAUGAAGAGGACAAUCUUAGUGAAACAGCAUCAUCUGGAUAUGAUUCUGUGCAGGGACCAGAUGAAUCUGCUCAGGAGGCACACACACCAUUAGAAAAUCACAACACGCAUCCUAUAAGUGAUGAAUCCCAGCCCUCCACUGUGACUGUCCUUUCACACGGUGACAACCCAGGUUUUGAAGGAGAUGAUACACAAGUUUGUGAAGGCAGGAUUGUUUGUGAAGUCACAUUCUAAGAACAUGCCCAGCCACAUGGUGCAAACCUUCUGCAAGGAGCUGCCUACUGCCAUUCCAUAUGAACCAAAAGUUGCAAGACUGUUGCAAAAAAUACUGCACUGGCAAUGUUUAGAUAAAUAGACUUGUCCCAAUCAUAACUGUAUGGUUUGCCUUUCUUAAAACUAUAUUUUCCACAGGAGUCUUAACACUCUCCAGAUAAAGCUGUCUUAAAUAUAUAGAAAGCCAGCAGAUUUUAACUAAAACAAAAAUUUCAUCUUUAGCAAAGAUUCUCUACUGUGUUUGAGUUGUUUAAGUGAGGAGAUUUUUUAUGUCAUAGUUUCUCCACUGGGAAUCAUUUUGAGUUGGAUAUUUUUGUUGUUUAUUAUUUUCAUUCAAGUGGAUUUUCAUUGUAAAGAAAUUAGUUUUGAUCUGUUCUAAUACUUACUUAUAAGACAGUUUUGUUUAAAGAAACAUGGUAGUUAAUGUUUCAGUGCACUAAUUUGAUAGGAGAAAGUGCAAACUAAUGCUUGUCAAACUGGAUUUUGUCUGCAAAGUCUUUGGUUGUCUAGUAACCAACUGAUUCUCUACCUCUCAACUCCAAACUGCCAACCACACAUUCCUAAAGGGGAAGAAAAGAGAGCUGAAAACUGACAGGCCAGAUCUGACUUACUGUAAAGGGAACAACUGCAGGAAUUUUUCAAGCCUUGUUAACAUUAAUCUGUUAGUCUGAAAGAUCCUCAAGUGAUUUGAGGAGCUAUAACCAUCUCUAGCACCAGUAAUAUGCCAGAGUCCUGGCUAUGUGGGAGUCUGGGAUGACUUCAGGAAAGACUCAGCCGAAGAUGAAAAUAUAGCUUCCUCUUCUAUUACAGAAAGGAUCUGUUGUGUUUUGUUCAGAAAUGAUCCUCUGAAAAAUGCUGGACUGCUGCUGUACAUUGCCUUGCUCAAAUGCACAAGCUGCAGGGAGAGCCGAUGUCCUGUGAGUGUAACAGAGGAUUGGAGAAGCUGUCCUCUGUGUGGAGUUGAGAUGGGGUCAAGUAGGAACACUAGGUGCCUCAACAGUGACUUGGCCUUGUCCAGUGAAGGUAACUAAGGGCAUCUUAUAAAUGCACUUUAUUUUUUUACCUCUGCACUUUUGACUAGUUUCUGUUGUUUAGUAGGAUUUUGUCUUAGAGCUUCCAAUAAAUAACUUAAGAAUCUGGGGGGAAAAGCAAUGCAUUAUCUUAGCUAUAGUACAAAUUAAAUGUUUGUUAAUAUUUAAUAAUUUGUAUUGAAUUUUAAUAUGGAAAUGUAAAUGUAAAUAAAACUAUUUUUGAUUAUCCUGACUAACAUAAAAUAUUACCAGCUCUCAUGGAAGCAGAUGCUGAAUUUGCCCUGUCCAGGAGCCUUGAAACACAUCCUUUUAGGAGUCCAAAAAGAAGCAGUGUUUGCUCAAAGUAAUUGGAAUAAGGAGUGCUAGUUAUGUGCAGGGUGCUACUGUUACAUGGAUUAAAAUUGUGUUGAGAUGCUGAAACCUAGUAGCUGUACUCAAUGUUAAAGAAAAUCCAAGCAUUUUAGGAUGUGUUCAGUGAGCUGUUGAAUUGUACUUGUAGUCAGGUUCAGCACAAGGCAAUCUGCCAUGUGCACUUCAGACUGGCUGCAUCUCACUUUUCCUUUGUCAGGUUGCUCAGCACCCCUUCCUUACUCCAAAGUUUGUUUGCUUUGAGGAAAAAGCAUUUUAAAAAUUAUUACUUGUCCUUUGUUCUGUACUCUACUAUGAAAUACAGUAAAAGCUUGCUGCUCUCCUGGCUGGUUUGGAAGCAGUUAAGUCUUGUAUUUCAGUUCCAAGUCUAGUCUAGAAAAUACCAGUUGGUUCUGAUCUCCAGUUGUGAAGUUGAUUAUAAUCAGACUCUACUCUGAAGCUGUCAUUUGCUGUGAUUGCGUUUUUAUUCUACCUCUGAAGUGCAAAGCAGUGAAAGGAACAGCCAAGCAGUAAAUAUGCAGCCCCAUAUUACUUCAUUCCAUUUCCAUUUCACAAAGCUGGUAUAAUUUUUUGUGGUGUGUAAGCUGCAAUAUAGUAGAGUAUUAUGAAGAUACAGCCUCAUGAAACCAUUUGCCAGUUUUGUGUUCAAUAGGAACAAAAUUUGAUGUUUUUUAAAAAAGGGAAGGGAUUCAGAUCAAUUCAAUACAUUGAAAGGCACUAUUUGGGCUGCUUUGUUUGUAGAAUUCAAGCUUUACAUUUACUGCCUUUUCCCCAGUACUUGUAUGUGGGAGAAUGGAUAGUAAGAGAACAGAUAGUGCUACAAGCAAUCUCGCAGCUGUAUUAAUGGCCAAAGAGUGGAACCAGCCUUGCCCUUAAUAGAUCACAGCUAUGUCCAAUAAGGAUGGGUGUUAUAAAAGAGUGGGUUAGCUAGUCUAGAGUUAGUUGGAAUUUGCUGGCCAUGCUAUGAGGAGGAGGGGUUAGGUGGUUGACAUGGAAGAGAGAAGUCAGUGCUGUGAGGAGCUGCCUGUGGGAACUCACGGAGAGAAGGUAUGAAGGUUUUACUGUAGAAUAAUGUAGGAUAAUAAACUGACAGUGCCAGUCAGUUUGCAUCCACAAUCCAGUGUGCCAAGCACUGACACUUGUAUUUCUAAUUCUAAUUGUAAUUCUAAUUGUAAUAUGAAUGUACAGCCCUUUCUCAAGUGUUGGGGUUCAAAGCAAGGCUGGUACCCUGGCUGGAGCCAGCACGGGCGGCCAUCCCAGCCGCGCGGUCCAUAUCCCACUGCAUCAAUGUGGUGGAUGGCGAAAAUGGCAAUUUAUUGCAGGGAAACUUAACAUUUUAUAGCCUGGGUUCACUGUGUUACUCCCAUCUGCAUACGUCACACCUGGGUGCUAUUGGCUAAUUACAAAAGGCCUAGCUGUCCUAACAGAGGGGGGUCUAAUAGCUACCCAUUACAUCCCGGAAUCUUCCGCCUGCUAUGCCCUAAACUACAACACUCAAGGAAUGCACUAGUGGAGAACCGGGGAGAGGGGGUGGUGCAGAAGCUUGCAUUGACGAACCUGUACUGCUGUAGGAUUAGAUCUCUUGAGGAAGGGUCAAGAUACUUAAGCUAAUUUUCAGAGAGAUAUUUCAGAGGGAUUCUUAUAUCAAAUGUGACCCACUGCUAAAGGAACACAUGCAGGGUAAGUACUUGAGCAGUAUUUGAGCUACUGCUAGGCAGAACUUAAUGGGUUCUCCGGUUUUGCAGCUUAUCUUGCAAGUCUACCAUGUUCUUAUCUGUGCAGGUUUGUUUGUAACUAGUAGCUAUGCAAGGGAUUUGGCUUAAAAAUGAAAGUGUAAAUUUCGUCAACACCAUCUUGAUACUAAACUUGGGUCUGUACCUGUCAGACUGUCUUAAAGAAAUUUCAAUGAUCCACUCUCACUUUUUUGUAUUUCCAAGUUUCCAUGGGUAGCAGCUGUCCUUUGCCAACCUUGCUUAGGGUACUGUGCAGCGAAAUGUUCACUUGUUUUUGAUGAUGCCACGGGCUAGAAUGUCUCUGGGUUAUGUGUAUGUAUGUUUAUGUGUGUGUGUGCACACUGUGGCAUGGUAGACUUUCCUCUAAGCAAGAUGCCAACAGAAAUGUGCCCGGGGCUAGGGUUGUUCCUGAAAAGCAAUAAAAACCUGCCAUUAUUGUGCAAUAGUUUUGGGGUUUUCUAUAGAUACGCUAAUGCUCAUGUGUAAGAUAAUGGAAAUAAUGAGCUCAGAAAUGGUACAGUUUGUCUGUUUAUCUGUUGACUGUAUUAAUAUUCCCACUGUGACUCUCCCACUGAGUCACACAGACAUGUCAAUUCUUCUGUCCCCAAAGAGCAAACUUAACAGGCUCUGGCAUCAUGUCCAAGUGUUUACUCACUCCCUCAGGGAAAGGGAGGGAGCUCUGAUCUGAGACUUCAGUCAAACACUUAUGUGCUCUCAAAGAGGGCUGUGAAAGCUUUUUUAUCCCUGCAGGAAAGAAAGGCUUGUUUCCUGGUGCUGGAUUACUGUGCUCUCUUGUGAAUUAGGAUUUACAACAGUAGGGCUUAAUUUUUUAAAUUUCAAAUCAAAAUAAUACCGUUUUCUCAUCUUGAGGAAAAUUUCGGGUGUCCCAACAGAAAUACAGUUUCGGAUGAGAAUUUUGUUUAAAGGGAAAAGCAGGACUUGUGAUGAGGGCUGCAAACAUAUAAAAGCAGUUUGAGUCAUAAGGGCCAUUGGACUGUUGCCAUAAAACGGAGAGGUACAGUCCAUCUCAGUCUUCAGAGGGAAAAUUCUGCAUUUCUCAAGUGACCUAACAGUUGGAUAUAAUAAAUAAAGACAUUUACCUUG